ACGCGUUGUCCCGCUGUCCCCGAUGUCCCCACGUCUCUGAUGUCCCCCCCACAGAAUGAGGGGCUGCAUCAGUUCGAGGAGCAGCCGGUCCAUGAGCUCUUCCCGGAGCUGCAGGAGCUGCCCAGCAGUGCGCUCUGGUUGGACGUCUGUGCCGUACCGUCGUCGCGGCGCCGCCUCACCGCUGUGGGCUGUCAGAGCGGCUACGUGCGAGUGGCACACGUGGACCAGGACACGCGUGCGGUGCUGCAGAGCUGGAGCAUCCAGCAGGACGGCCCCAUCUCCACCGUGCUGCUCUUCCCCCUGGAGGAACCGGACGACGAUGGGGACGAUGUGGGGGGACAGCAAGGGGACAUCGUGGGGGGACAGCAUGGGGACGAUGUGGGGGGACAACGUGGGGACGACGUGGGGCCAUCGGCGCCCGGCCCGGAGCCCAGCCCCCACUACAGCCUGCUGGUGGCCAGCACCAUCGAGAUGUCCGUGGUGUACCGGUGAGUGCGCGUCCGUCUGUCCCCGUGUCCCCGUGUCUGUCCUUGUGGCCAUCCCUGUGUCCCCAUGUCCUCACCCCCAGGGCCGGGGGCUGACCAAGCAGAGUGUCUCCAUGUCCCUGUGUCUGUCCCCGUGUCCCCAUGUCCCUACGUCCAUCCCCACAUCCUGAUGUCUGUCCCCGUGUCCCCACA